AUGCGACGAUUAUCAGGUCUGCAGCGAGAGGUCCUCUCGUUGUACCGAAGAUGUCUGAGAGAAGUUCGAAAGAAGCCAGAGGACACGAGAGCCAACUUCCGCGCUUUUGCACAGUCAGAGUUCCGUAAGCAGCUCGACGUGAACAAGAAGGACUUUUCGACAAUCGAACAUCUACUGCGCAAAGGCCACAAACAACUAGAAACGUAUUCAUCGCCAGGGAUUAGAAAUAUCAAUUGCUUAUCUGAUCUUCUGCCAAAUACUACGCAGGUGCUGGAAGCAUCUACAACCACCGAGACAGAAUUGGUGGCUAUCGCGAUAAUGGCGGAUCACGAGAAUUUUCUUUCGAUCAUUAGCAUCACUUUUCAGCCUACAACCUCCUUGAGACUCACACUCAGCAAUCAAGCACUCAUCUCCCAUCUGUUCAUCGAUCCAAUCAUCAUCCACACUCCAAAGAUCUUUCUAAACAACCGCCACAACUCAAACGAAAUGACCUUCUACACUACAACCCUCUCUCCUGGUGACUUCUUGCCCCUCUUCCAACUUAUGGAUGACUAUUGCGACACACGCCGCCCAACAAAGCCAGCCCAGUCCCGCCGUGGCGAACCAUCUGCAGCUCAAGCAGCCCCUGCCAAGCCUCAACUCUCAUCAUUCACACCUAAAUUCGAUGUGCGAGAAGCAAACCAAUUCUACAUCCUGGAUGGCGAGCUCCCCGGCGCACACCAAGAAAACAUCGAGAUUGAAUUCACCGAUCCCGAGACGAUGGUGAUCAAGGGCCAGAUCGAGCGCAACUACGACAUCACAUCUCCUCACUCUUCAGAGUCUACAAAUGAUAACGACGAUGUCAUGUCUGUUCACAGCGAUGGCGCCUCAAGCACACACUCAAACUACCACUCACCCACCGUCGAGGAUGAGGACGAAGAUGGCGCGGUCAAAGUAAACACUGUCCAAUCCACUUCAGUCAACAAGCACCAGUCACAGCCAGAAGUUCAGCAGCCUUCGUACAAAUACUGGGCUUCAGAGCGCUCGAUCGGAACUUUUCAGCGCACAUUCACCUUCCCAACUCGUGUGGACCAGGAUGGGGUCAAGGCUACGUUGAAGAAUGGUAUUCUCUCGGUCAUUGUGCCGAAGCAAGCCAUCCAGAAGGCCAAGCGCAUUCGCAUUGAAUAA